AGGUGUGCUUCUGUAUGUCUGUCUGUGUGUAUCUCUAGGAUGCUGGCUCUUGAGCCCCUCCCCCAGCCAGCCUCCCUCCCCCAAGAUGGCUCCUGCACAAUCCCCAAGUCCCUUCUAGCAGAGAAAGGCUGGGGUUGUGGCUGGGCCACCUGGGAAGGGGAGGGGGUGGCACCUGCUACGCAGGCUAAUUCUCUCUCCAUCCCCCUGUCCCUGGCAGGAUCACUUUUGAGGUUCUUUGUACCCCUUUUAGGUUCCUGACAAGACGGGGGAUUUCCUGUUCCAGGCAGGGGAUCUCUGGGAGAACAAUGUAGCCUUUCUUUUAGGAGAAGGGAAGGGACAGCUGCUUUUAGGAGCGAGGGGCCUCAUAGUGAUGGCAGCACAGAGGAAAAUAAUGGAGUGUGUAUAUGUUUACCAGGCUGUGUGCUCUGUGUGGAAUAGAACGGCCUUUUCACUGGCAUUUGGAUAGAUUUUGCACAAACUUGUCUGGUAUCAGCUUACCUUUCCCAGCAUUGUCACUUACCCAUGGGUUUAACUUAAACCAACUGCUUUUGUGCCCCUUGGGACCCCAUAUGGGAAUAAGGGCCAGCACUAGAUUGCCUAGUCUGAAAAGGCUUUCCUAGAUUAUUGUAUCCUUAGAUAGCCUAGAAAGGUGUGUAGCUGGGAAGUAGAGAGAUCAGCACAGCCUGUCUUCCUGCAGACACAGUUUACAAAUGUUUCACAUUCCUGUUUUCACAGCCAUCUUGCUGAGAAUUUGUGAACAAGGAUGUAUCUGAACUGGUUUUCUAAGUCUCUUGAGGUUCCUCCCACCCACGCAGGGCUUUACCUUGGCUAUGAACAAAGCAAACGCUGGCUUGGUGCUUGGGCCAAAGCCCCCUACGCCGUGUCCCCCUGAUGCUGGCUGGCCUGUGUCCAGAAGAUGAGCAGAUUGCUGGUGGGAGUGACCCUGGAGAGGAUCUGCAAAGCUGUGCUGCUCCUAUGUUUACUGCACUUCCUCAUCAUCAUGAUCCUCUACUUUGAUGUCUAUGCCCAGCGCCUGGACUUUUUCAGCCGCUUCAAUGUGCGCAACUCCUCCCGCACUCUGCCCUAUGUCAAUGUCUCUCGGCCCAAUGGGACUGCUGGGCCUCUGGGCCCUGAGCUCCUGACCCUGAGUGCCAAGCCUGUCAGCAGCAACAACACUGUCACCGAGAAGCCCUUACCACCUUGCCCAGAGAUGCCUCCUGGCCUAGUGGGCCGGCUCCUUAUCGAGUUCAGCUCUCCCAUGAGCAUGGAGCGGGUACAGCGGGAAAACCCAGAUGUACGGGAUGGUGGCAAGUACUCGGCCCCAGACUGUGUGCCUCGUCAGAAGGUGGCCAUCCUCAUCCCUUUCCGGCACCGUGAGCACCACCUGAAGUACUGGCUGCACUAUCUGCACCCAAUCCUGCGGCGCCAGAAGGUGUCUUAUGGCAUCUAUAUCAUUAACCAGUUUGGUGAAGAUACCUUUAACCGAGCUAAACUGUUGAAUGUGGGCUUUCUAGAAGCCCUUCGAGAUGAUGAGAGCUAUGACUGCUUCAUCUUUAGCGACGUUGACCUGGUGCCCAUGGAUGACCGGAAUAUCUAUCGCUGUUAUGAUCAACCACGGCAUUUUGCUGUUGCCAUGGAUAAGUUUGGUUUCCGGCUGCCAUACUCUGGCUACUUUGGAGGUGUCUCUGGCCUGAGCAAGACACAGUUUCUGAAGAUCAAUGGCUUCCCUAACGAGUACUGGGGUUGGGGUGGAGAAGAUGAUGACAUCUUUAACCGGAUCUCACUUAAUGGCAUGAAAGUGUCACGUCCUGACGCCCGCAUUGGACGCUACCGCAUGAUCAAGCAUGAGCGUGACCGGCACAAUGAGCCCAAUCCUCAGCGGUUCACCAAAAUCCAGAAUACCAAGGUGACCAUGAAACGUGAUGGCAUUGGCUCACUGCAGUACCGCCUGGUGGAAAUGGUUCGCCGUCCUAUGUACACCAAUGUUACUGUGGAGAUUGGCCAUCCACCACCACGCCCCCCUCGGGGCUGACUCUUUGCUACCUGGCUCUGCCUGUGGCCCCAUGCAUGAGGAGCUGUGCAGAUCCCAGCCCUGACUGGUUCAGAGGACUGUGCCCUGGCUUGAAGGACCUGUUUGCCUCCUUUGUGGAGAUGCGGGAAAGGCCAAGAAUACAUCUUUGCCUUGCCCCAGCCUUUGGCUGAAGCUGAUCUCCUUAUCACUAAUCAGUUCUCCACAGUGCCCUUCAUAGGUCGGAAAGCAAAUAUGAGUGUGUCAUGUCACCUGGCUCAGUGCUUGGGGAUUCUGGGCAGACCAAGCCCCAUUCCUGGUUGGAAGGUGCUGAGAGCAGAGAAGCCUUGUACAGGUACUUGACCCUCGCCAUCCUGUCCCUGAACUUUUAACAGGGUGGCGUCCCUUAAGGAUCCCAGAAGUAUAGUAGCCGUUUUCUUCUCCUUGCAGUGUGCAAGACUACUGCCCCUUGAGCCUUCCUUCCAGGGGGUAGCCUGGUCUUACAACAAAUGCCAGCUCACAAGGUGUAGAGGUGGUUCCCUUCUGCCCAGUUGAGGAGAGCUCCAUCAGUAGAGAAGCUCCAAUGGGCCUGGCCACUGCCCACCUCCAUUCAUGGCUUGGUGCUGUCCCCUGCUGGGCCCUGGAUGUCACUUCUGGCUCCAGUAAUACAGGGGUGUUUUAUACAAAUAUUCAUUAGAAUACUCGAGUGCUUCCUGGGUUAGUGUGGCAUGUAGCCUGUCUGUCAAGGACCAACAGGCACUUCUUCCUAGCAGUGUUUACUCUUCUGUCUGUGAAUGAGGCAAGUUGGUUGGGCAGUGUUGUUCACUUCUUAGCAGGGUGGAUUCUUGAUGGUGUAGUUUGGCCUCCUCCAGUGUCAGCUGGCUUCUCAAUUGCAUAGGCACUAAUAGGCCUGUGGCCAUUGCUACAGAACAGAGGAAAGUGAAGUUGGCUUCUUGCUGCCUGCUUCCCCCCUGGUCCACCAUUCCUGUACCAACCCCCACUCACCAAGCCAUCCUACCCCACACACCCACACACACCAUCUGCCAGUCAAUCUGCCAUCAACCAUUCAUAUUGCCCUCUUUGUCAAGCUGUCAUCUGCCACCACCUCAGGCCAGGCCCCUGGGUCUGACUGUCUGCUCAUGACACAUGGUGGUCCUGUGCCUAAUUCCUGGAGCUAGGAAGCUGCUGGUGUCCUUCAACUCUGGUUAUGGUGCCUGGCAGGCGGAAUCUCCUACAUCUGUCCACUUUGGGAUGGUAGCUGGGCCAGGCUUGAAGCCAGGCAUCAGUAUAUUGCACAGCCCAGGUGUUGGUGACUUUUGUACAUUUGAAUGUUUUGAUCCCUUUUCAAGCCUAUGGUGAAUGCAGCAUUGGUUACUAUGAUCAGACUUUUGUAUUCAAUAAAGUUUCCAAACUUGGAAGUCUC